GGCUGGGUACUGGUGCUCUUACCCUAAAUAAGACACACAGAUUUUGGUCCUAGGAAAUUUGUGUUCUUUCUGUUUUAAACAAGUAAUUUAAAUUAAAGAAUUGUUUAUAGUUGACUUAGGGUAGAAGUACCAUUUGUGGCCACUGCUUCAUUUUUAGACAUUUAAUACUUUAUUUUAAUUAAUGAAAAAGUAUAAAAUAAAAUUUCCAUUGCAAUAGUGUGAUAAGAGUGUCUGCACACAUUUUUAAAAUUAAUUAUGUUACUGCGUCUUUUACAAAUUAUUUUAUUUAAAUUUUUAAAGCAAACAAAAUUUUUUCGUCCCUUUCUUUACCCAGGCCUUCAUUAAUCUAGACAAGUAAUGAAAAUCUGUAUGCAUGAUUUCGGUCUUCGUAAAACUAAACUAUUUUUCUCUCGGUACUCAAGAAUGAGUAAUGCACCGUAAAAUUUAUUAAUUUAUUAAAGAAAAAUUUUAGACCCCUUCAGAAAAGAUGUUUCUAUGCAAUUGGGACAAAUACAAAUUUGAAAUCAAUCGAUACUACAGUUCUUUCGAAUCAUAAAUUAUUACACAGAAUAUAACAAUAAUUUUUAUUUUACUAAAAAAGUAUUUCGAAAUUCGAAGAAUUUACAGACAGUGGGAAGUUUGGUAAUUACUAUACACAAAGCAAUUAGUUGAUUGUCAAAUUUUUUUAUUUACAUUUAAUAAUUAUUUACAAAAAUGUAUAUUUUUAUAUUUUUUUUAUUUACAUUUUGUAUACAAGUAGAGUCAUUUGAUACAAACAAUAAUUUAGCUGAUAAACCAGCAGCAUGUAAAUACUUUAAACGGGCAGCAAAACCUCUCGAAGAUGAUGUACUUAAAAAAUCAACGGAUAUUGGAGAAAAAGUGAAUAAAAAAAAUGAGGAAAACCACGAUAGCUGUUGCGAAAAUUGUGGACUGAUGAGGUUCGGAAUAGUACAAAAAAUAAUUUAUAGUAACACUAACGAUGCUGAGGACGUGUUAUUUUCAUCGGCGUGCGUUAGAUGUGGCCUUUGCCUCGCAAUAGCCGAUAAGAUUAAUAAAACUUUAAUUGAUGUACAUGAUGAUCUGUCACCCGAUCGAUGGCUCAAUAAUACCGAAGUCCAUAUUCUUUUUGGAAUUAUAUGCAAUGAGUCAUUCGUACGAUAUCGUUUACGUGAAAUUAAUGGGGAACGUUAUAUAGGCGAAAGUUAUCCGGGCUCUAUUCUCAUUGGAUCUACGGCCAAUUACUUAUGGGAAAAAAACUUGAGAAAAAAAUGUAAUGAAUUAAUUGAAGAUAUUGAUGCUGAAAAUUUGUAUAAUUAUUGGAAAGACUGGUACGCUGGUUUUGAUAUAAAAUUUAGGAAUAUUUUGUGUCGUGGUGAUGUGGGAAUUUUACGGGAAUGUCGCAGUUUCAAAGAUGUACGUGAUUUAUCAUCAUCUAAACAAGAAGAAGAACAAGAGCCUGAGUAUGGUAUACAAAUAAAUGCUAAACUCGAAUGUACUUAUGAUUAAUUUUUUUUAUAUACUUUUAUUUUAAUAUUUGAGAUUUCUAUGGACAUUUUUUUCCAAAUGUAU